AUGCGCUUGGCUGCUUCAUCGAGCAGAUCUAUUCUGUCGUUCUCGUCAGCUUUCUCAGCAAGAUCCUUCUCUCGCUCGGCCCUCGUGUUGGAACCCAAGAAGCCGUCGAUCAAGGCCAUCGCCGAGCUGCGCAAGCUCGUGCCGGGAACCAGCAUGCUCAAGGCGAAAGAGGCGCUACUUGCAUCUCGUCCCUCUGGUUUGCCGGAUGAGGACUCGAUCGAGCUGGCACUCGAAUGGCUCGAAACCGAUCGCAAGAAGUCCGGUGCCAAGAAGGCAGACAAGGUGGCCAGCAGGCAGGCCCGCGAAGGUGUCGUCGCGGUCACCAUCCUUUCUGACGGUCUGCCAAGCUCUGUCGAGCUCAAAGGUCAACUCAAAGAGGAAGCAAAGAGUGCUGGGAUCGGUGCGACCAGUGCGGCUUCCGGAGGUAUCGUUGAGGUCAACUGCGAAACCGACUUUGUGGCCAAGAACGAGGUCUUUUCCCACCUGGUCAAGGAUAUCGUCCACACCGUCGCCCUGUUUCCGACGCUGACGGUGGAGAGCCAAUCGCAAGGAGGCUUGAUGGAGGUAUCGGUCGACCAGCUGUUGACCUUCCCAUUGCUGCCUAGCUCGCCAGAGGCCACUGGAUCGAGUGUCGCACCCAAGACCGUUGGCUCUGCCAUCAUUGACGUGGUGUCCCGUCUCGGCGAGAAGAUCUCGAUCGCCCGAGCAGCCGCCAUCCUAUCACCCACAGUGCCUUCGCCAGACGCACCUCGCCGAUCAACCACCGGAACCGCUAAGGGUGGAUCCAUCGUCGACCUCGCUUCCGCUUUCGCUCACGGUGGAUCCGCCGGUUUCGCUGCGGCCAAGGACACUGCUAAGCCAGGCUACGUGCUCACCAGCGGCAAAGUCGCUUCGCUGCUCAUGACCCGCUUCGCCAGUCCGAAGCUUCCUGACGCGCUCGCAGCCGCCGACGGCUCGAUUCAGACCAACAUUCGAGCCCUAACCCGUAGUCUAGCGCGUCAGGCCGCUGGAAUGGAGACCAAAUCCAUCAACUCCCCCUCAACAGAAGCACAGGGCGAAGUCAGCACCUCGCUCUACCAGCAGCCUUUCCUGAUGCUCUUGCCCGCCGCCGCUCCGAGUCCCGAAAGCAACGGGCAGGCAGUUCGAGACGUAUUGGCUUCGUGGGCGAGUCACAACAACCUCGAUGGUAGCGACAGUGUGGUCGAGGUAAGAGACAUGCACCGAUGGGAACUGGGCGAAACAGCAGCUCCGCAAGAAUCGACGGGUGAGGGGUUCGCCGAGGAAGUGCGAAAGGCUGCCGGCCUCGCUUGA